UGGGUCACAGUAGAGAAUAGAAAAUUGUUACGUUAUUAGUUUAUUUUCGAUAACGUGAAGUUUUAAUUUAAAGAAUAGCUUCAUGCGUUUAUAAGUACUGUGUUUGUAAAACUAGUUAAAAUGGCUUGGAUUAGCAUGCGAGCAGGUGUAUGCAAAAUUCUUGCAACACCUUCAGGUGCUACUGCAGUUAGUAAACCGUUCCUGCAGAUUAAUUUAAAAGGAGUAUUUCCUCUUCAGGCAGCAUGUAUUUCAGGCUCAGUCCUUAGGGAUAAAAACAAGGUUAGGCCUGCUCCAUUUCCGUACAAAACUAAAAGGUACAACCUGUGGCGCGCAUGGUUACAAGAUACAACAACUCACAGAUUUGAUGAAAACACUAAAAUUAUUGUUGUUGAGGGACCCAUUGCCGCUGGAAAAUCAGCUUUUGCCAAGAGUCUGGCAGAAGAUUUAGACAUGUUACAUAUGCCUGAGGUUACAAUGGAUGAUUUGUAUAUCAACAGUUAUGGUUAUGAUUUAAGGAAAUUAGAUCCAGAGUUACCAGCAGCAGCCAGGAGUUUCGAUGAAAAGAGUUUCUGUAUAGAACCAAAUCAUGAAUUUGCAGCCAGUUUCCAAAUACUGAAGUAUCAGUUACGAUAUUCUAAAUAUAUUGAUGCAUUGGCUCAUCUGCUUAACACAGGACAAGGAGUUGUUCUGGAGAGAUGUGUCUACAGUGACUUUGUGUUCUUAGAAACCAUGCACAAGGCUGGCUACAUAAGCAAAGGGGCCCACAGCGUGUAUUAUGAUAUAUACAACAAUACGAUAGAUGAGCUGAUGAAGCCGCAUCUUGUGAUCUACCUGGACAUCCCAGUGCCUCUUGUGCAGCAGCGCAUCAAAGAUAGAAACAUCCCACAUGAGGUCAACUCAAAAGUUUUCACAUCACAGUAUUUGUCUGACAUGGAGUAUUUCUACAAGCAGCGUUACCUAAAGGAAAUUGGCACCCAUUCAGAGCUGCUUAUCUAUGAUUGGUCCAGCUAUGGAGAUGUGGAAGUGGUCAUUGAGGACAUUGAGCGAAUCAACUUUGAUAAAUUCAACAAGUAUGACACCAAGAUGGAUGACUGGAAGUUGCCGUGUGAGUGGGACUGGAACACUGCCAGGAUGCUGUACACCAAUGACAAAGACAUUUUGAUGUACUCGUUCCUAAUUCCACGAUUUGAUGUCCCAGAGUUGGUUCUUGAUGCUUAUGAUGCCCACAAGUUCAGAAAGAUAUGGCACAAUGCUCCAGGAAUGAAGUAUGACAAGGAGUUCAAUCCUGAUAUGGGGGAUACCAACUUGCUCUUCAAGACAAAGAAAAUUGACCACAGAUCCAGUUCAUGAAAGUGCUAUUAGUAUGCAAGAUGUUGCAAAGUAACAUAGUUGGUACUGCUGUGAAGAAAGAUAUUAAAACUAUUGUUUGAGCACAGUAA